CAUGCUCUCUCGUACGGUUUCCUCGUUGAGCCGUGUGGCUCCGCAAACCCUCGGAGCGGUGAAUGCAGCCUCCAGCCGUCAGUAUUCCAUUACUGCUCCACGUCCACCAACCGAGCUCAACCAAAAACUGAAAGUGACAAUCAUCCCGGGAGAUGGAGUCGGACCAGAGUUGAUCUACACAGUCCAGGAUAUUGUCAAGCAAACUGGAAUUCCAAUCGAGUUCGAGGAAAUCUUCCUCUCCGAAGUCCACUACACCCGCUCCUCUUCCAUCGAGAAUGCUGUUGAGUCCAUCGGACGCAACAACAACGUUGCUCUCAAAGGCGCCAUCGAGGAGUCGGCCGUUUUGCACACGGAAGGAGAACUUCAGGGUCUGAACAUGAGGCUCAGACGCUCGCUUGACUUGUUCGCCAAUGUUGUUCACAUUAAGACCCUUGAUGGAAUCAAGACAAGACACGGCAAGCAGCUGGACUUUGUGAUUGUGAGAGAGCAAACCGAGGGAGAGUACUCCAGCUUGGAGCACGAGCUCGUUCCAGGAGUCAUUGAAUGUCUCAAGAUUUCUACCAGAACCAAAGCCGAGCGCAUUGCCAAGUUUGCCUUUGACUACGCUACCAAGACUGGAAGAAAGAAGGUCACCGCCGUGCACAAGGCCAACAUUAUGAAGCUCGGAGACGGUUUGUUCUUGAGAACCUGUGAAGGAGUUGCCAAGCAGUACCCGAAGAUCCAGUUUGAGAGCAUGAUUAUUGACAACACUUGCAUGCAGUUGGUGUCCAAGCCCGAGCAAUUCGACGUGAUGGUCAUGCCAAAUCUCUACGGAAACAUCAUUGAUAACUUGGCUGCUGGACUGGUCGGAGGAGCCGGAGUCGUGCCAGGACAAUCUGUGGGACGUGACUUUGUCAUCUUCGAGCCAGGAAGUCGUCACUCUUUCCAAGAGGCCAUGGGACGCUCUAUCGCCAACCCAACUGCCAUGAUUCUCUGCGCUGCCAACAUGCUCAAUCACUUGCAUCUUGAUGCUUGGGGAAAUUCACUUCGUCAAGCCGUCGCUGAUGUUGUUAAGGAGGGAAAAGUUCGCACCCGUGAUUUGGGAGGAUACGCCACCACUGUCGAUUUUGCUGAUGCCGUCAUUGACAAGUUCCGUAUCUAAAAUGUCAUAAUCUACUACUGCGUCCUAUAAUUUUUUUAAAAUAAAUUCUCAUUCUUCUCUAGUAGAUAUCUAGUGUUUUUGUUUUUCAUCUACCGUUUCUUUUUGUUUUUAUUUUCAAUCCCCACCAGAACUUGUAAGUGUUAGUGCCUUUUUGUGUAUAUUUUUUGCUACGAAUCAAUUUAUAUGUUUCGAAAAUCUUUUUAUAUCGACAAAGCGUACUCGUUUUUUUUCAUGUAUUCAACAAAUCACGAACCCAAUAUCUACCACGUGGCCAGUUUUGGUCUUCCAACCUUUCCAUGUCUCGUUUUUCACCAUCCAUCCCUCAAAUCGUCUUAUCUAAUUUUACCAUCCAUCGAUUUUUUUUCUUCCUUUUUUGCGAUUGCUGACUUUCUACGGCAGACCACCCACCCGCCAUUUCUCGUUUACAUUUUUUUUUCAAUUUUAUGCAAACAUGGAAAGUGGAUCAAUUCAAAGGCGAAUGUUUGUGUGGAAUGAGUCAUUUUCUUCUUUUAAACUUUUUAAUGGUUUUUUUCUGAGAAAAUCUUGUCGGCUUUAUGUACAUCUUGAACGAUCAUUUAAGUAGAUAAAAUGACGAAUAU